CAGAGGUGAGUUGUAAAACAAAAUAUUCCAACAGUUUAUACUAAUGUAUUUUUUUAUACGACAGAGCUUGCAAUCCGACUAUUGGCAGUGCAAAUGAUGCUGGCAGUGUAGUGUGUAUGAGAAAAAUUUUGUCUCAAUCUGUUCCAUCGACGAACAUACUUAAUCAACAAGAAUCUGUUUCACGAAUGCAAAAGGACCAGAACUUCAAAUCUCUUCUGCCUGUCAAUAAAAAUGCUGUGUUGCAGCAGGAAGUUAGCAGCUUGCCGAGCUGCUGUGAAGUUCGUUGCUCGAACAGUAAUAAGCAUCGGUUGGUUUGCGCGAAAACCAAAAGUUGCUAUGAAGGGUGCAUAAAGGAACUCAAUAAGCAAAUUGCCGAUGCAACACAAGAGAAUCGACAGUUAAAAAAACAAAUGUUCGACCAUAAAAAGCAACCUGACUUGGCAUUAAAGGCUUUAAAUCAAACUUUCAAUCCCGAUCAAGUAGAAAUGUUGUUAUACAGGAAGAGUAACCCGAGAGUAUGGAGUGAUGAAACUAUUACCGAAAGCCUAAAGACAAGAUUUGUAUGCGGGGGUAAAGCCUACGAGCAUGAGCGCAAAAAAAUUCCACUGCCGUCCAAUAGACAGCUUCAACGUCGCAUGGAAGACCUUAACUUUGAUUGCGGUAUACUCGAUGAGGUGAUUGAGCUUUUGAAAUUGAAACUAAAUGCAAUGCCUGACCACGAUCUAGACUGCGGAAUUGUUUUUGAUGAAAUGUCGAUACAAGAAGCCAAAAAGUUUUGCCUUCCCAGUAAACAAUUUUACGGCGAAAUCACCAUUCCAGGACAACAGGGUCUUGCCAGUCAUGCAUUAGUUUUUAUGCUUAUUGGAAUAAGAAACAGAUGGAAGCAAGUAGUCGGUUACUAUUUCACAGGCAACAGCAUACCGGAUGGAAUAUUACAGCAAAUCGUCGUUAAUGUCAUCAAAAGGGCUGAACGUAUUGGAUGCAAAAUACAUUUCAUCACAUCAGAUUGCGGGCCAAAUAAUAAAAAUUUUUGGAAUGAUAUGGGCCUUAGAUUUAAGAAGAAUACUGUACUCGAAAGCGGGCCGGUGUGCCAUCCAGCUGACGCAAAAAGGACGUUAGAAAUUAUCCCAGACGUGGUACACGUAUUCAAAUUAGGUGUUCAAGGACUUUUAAAAAACGAAGUGAUAAUACUGCCGCCGGAUGUUGUAGCCUCUAAUAAGUUCUAUUCGAAUGAGGUAAAGCUUGAACAUCUCCGAGAUCUUGUCCAUUUUGAGAGAAACAAUUUAUUGAAAGUUGCAUCUAAACUAACACAAGAGGAUGCGGCGUUCGAAAAUAAAAUUAGCACAUUUGAUGCAAUGAAAGUUAUCAAUUCGGAAAAAUAUGUCAAUCCAAACGUAUCUGCUGCUUGGAGGUUUUACAGCGAUGUAGCGAAUCGCCCGGAUGUACUCCCAACAGCCUUUUUCAUUGAAUGUUUCUCCAAAUGGUUCCGGUUGUCGAAGAACAGAACGUUCAAGCUAGCUCAUAGCAAACAAAAUUCGGAGGUGUACCAACAAACUUUGGACAUUUAUAACUUUUUCAAAAAUUUAAUGUUCAAAAUCGAAGUUGGAUCAAAAAGGAAUUGGAAGCCAUGGCAAGCUUCAACUAUACUUACAAUUAACUCAAUUCUACGGCUGCAACAAUAUUUUCUUAAUGAUAAACAAUACAAGUUUCUGUUAACUUGUCAUUUCACCCAAGAUUGUGUUCAAAAUGUAGUCUCACAAAUCCGUCUAAGACAGAAAAGGCCUACAGCUUUACAGUUCAAAAGUCUGUUGAAACGAUUAUCAAUAUCUCAAUAUAUGACGGAGAUUUCUGGUUCAUCUUACGAUCCGGAUGAAAGAGAUUGGCUGCUGAACUUUCCUAGCAAUGUAAAGGAACUUAAAAGGCAACGAAUCCAAGAAAAGGAAAAUACGGAAAAGGCGAUUACUGUUCAAAAUGAUCUGGUGCCAUUACAUAAACAUACAUUUUCGAUAAGAUUGAAUGAUUCCGAAUCAAAUGUAGUGUACCAUAUUGCUGGGAUGGUGAUUCAUAAAAUUGCGAUACGAGGCUCUGUAUGUGUUUGUUGUAUUAACGAUUGCAUAGCGAAAAAGCCUUUCCUAGCAAGUUUCAACAAAUUUACGAUACUGAUAGAUUUUACUGGGCAGACGUUUGUGUAUGUUAAUGAAAAUACUUUCAAAUACUUUGUUAGGCUAGAGAUAGUAUUUAGGCAAACAAUAAAUGAAGCUGAACAUGAUAAAGGUUCAAUCUUCGAAAAGCUUUUACACAUAUUUAAUACUGUUCAUGUAAGUCAUCUGUCAUCCUGUAACAAUAUUAAAGAAAAAAAUUAUCAGGAAGUUUCUGUUUUUUCGGCUCAAGGCGUAUGAACCUAAAACAGGGCGUAGAAAUCAAUUCGAUAGCCGAUCCAUGGCUUUAUAAUAGGUUGUGUGCUUUGAUGAAUCUAAAAAUUGUGAAAUAAAACCUUA